AGGGGGCGGGUUGCUAUGGACUUCAGCGUAUGAAAGCAUAGGGGUUUGAUUUUGCAGUGAGUCGUAGGAGAACCGAGACAGGAAUUGCACUCAAUUCAUUUUCUACAGAGCACGAAAAUCCCGAGAAAUAGCAAUUGCAAUGGGUCCGAAGAAAAAUGUGAAGCCACAAGUCAAAAAAGAUGCCAAGCCGCAGCAUGCGAAUAGGAAUGGAAAGAAAGCAGAGGGUGCAGGAGGAUCCUCCUUCUUUACCUGGUUCGUGGUUCUGGCUCUCCUGGGCGUCUGGACCUCUGUAGCUGUGGUGUACUUUGACCUUGUUGACUAUCAAGGUGUAGUCGCCAAAGCAAAGGACUUGCACUAUAAUCUUUCAGAGGUAUUACAAGGUAAACUUGUAUCCUAUGAUGCUGAUGGUGAUGGAGACUUUGAUGUGGAAGACGCUAAAGUUCUACUAGGACUGACAGAUAAGCCCACCCUCAAGAGCAGUGAAUCAGUUGAGGAUAAACCUGCUGAACAUUUGAAAGAAGAGCCUAUUGUGGAGGAAGAGAUUCAAGCCACUAAAGUUGAGAAAAUUGUUCAGCCGCCACCAGAACCAGAGACUGAGGAGGAAGAGCCAUUUGCUCAGGAGGAAGAGCCUGUGGAUGUGGAGGAGGAGGAGCCUGUGGAUGUAGAAGAGGAGGAGCCUGUGGAUGUAGAGGAAGAGCCUGUCGCUCUGGAGGAGGAGAAUGUCCUUGGAGAAGAUGAAGAUGCUGAGGAGGAGCAUGAAGUUCCUGAGGAAGAACCAGAAGUUUUAGAAGAAGAGCCAGAGGUUGAGGAAACAGUUUUAGAGAAUAUUGAGGAGGUAGCAGAAGAGCCUAAAGCAUUUGAGGAAUCUUUACAAUUUGAGGAGGUUAUUGAGGAGGCUGCACCAGUGCAAGAAGCAGUGGAAGAGGCUGCACCAGUGGAGGAAGCUGCACCAGUGGAGGAAGCUGCACCAGUGGAGGAAGCUGCACCAGUGGAGGAAGCUGCACCAGUGGAAGAAGCUGCACCAGUGGAAGAAGCUGCUCUAGUGGAAGAAGCAGUGAGGGAGGCUGCACCAGUGGAAGAAGCAUUUGAGGAGGUUAUACCAGUGGAAGUAGAGGUGGAGGAGGGUACAGCAGUGGAGGUAGAGGUGGAAGUAGAGGUGGAAGAGGACACACCAGUGGAAGUAGUAGUAGAAGUGCCAGAAGAUGAUGAACCGGUAGAGGAAGAAGCAGAUGAUGAAGAACCAGUAGAAGAUGCAGCACCAGUUAGUGAAACACCGGAAGAGACAACUGAGGAGUCUAUCCAUUUUGAAGAAACAUUACCAGAAGAAGAAAUAGAAGAAACGGGUCAGGAGGAAGAGGAAGCAGAUGACUCCACAAUAGAGGAAGCAGAGCUUGAGGCAGAGAAUUUUGAAGAAGAGGAGGAUGCAUAUGUCGAUGAAGAACAGUAUGAGGAGGACUAUGCAGAUGAAACUACCCAGACAGAAGACCAACCUGAGGAGCCCACAGAAACAUAAAGUAUGGAAGAUGCAGAGAGGAUCAGCGCCAUGUGAAAUUCCACUGACACUGUGCAGCUGCCAGUUCUCACCCUGGAGUUAGAAAAACAGAGCUUGCUUGUUUUCAUUUUGUUGGAGUUUUGUGUUUGUUUGGAAGCUCAAUCCUGUUUGUUUAUUGAGAAUGUGGUCUUUGUGUACUUUUCUUAAAGGGAUAGUUCACCCAAAAAUGAAUUUUACUCACCCUCAUGUUGUUCUAAACCUGUAUGAGUAUUUUGAUGAACACAAAAGAAGAUAUUUUGAUAAAUGAUGGUAAGCACACAGUUGAUGGUACCCAUUAAAUUCCAUCGUAUUUGUUUUUCCUAUUAUGGAAGACAAUGUUUACAAUCAGUCAAUGUGCUUACCAUAUUUAUCAAAAUAUCUUCUUUUGUGUUCAUCAGAAAAAAAUCAUACAGGUUUAGAACAACAUAAGGAUGUAAAAAUUAUGACACAAUUUAAUUUUUGGGUGAACUAUCCCUUUAAUGUUUUGUUAUAUUUUGUUUUGUUUUUAAUUCCCCCUCUUCCCUCACAGAUCCCUUUUUUGUAGUUACAAAUCAGUUUGUCUGUCCCCUAACAUAGGUGUGAAGUAGCCAUUUUUUGAUCAUACAUAAUAGUCGGGUUGUAGUUACCUAUCCUUUGUGUACAAACACCUUCAUGUUGCUUUGUAGCUCAGAGAUCUUCACAUUUUAUUCAGAAUUUAAUUUAUCGGAGUGUUUCUAUUUCUGUUUAAUUUGUUGUUUUGCUUUAAUGUGAAGGUACUAUGCAAAGCUGCACUGAUCUUGCGCUAUGACUUCAUCUAUAUGUUUUGUACUACCGAUAUGUAUUGAGUCUACAUUUCCAAUGUUGCAUAUCUAGGACAAGUUUAUGCUGGCAGGUUAACCAAGAUAAUUGUUGUAUGGAGCGACUGGACGUGCAUGUGCGUGUUUGUUUGUUUGAAAGUGCAUGUGUAUAAUUCUAUGCGAAACAAUCGUUUGAGCCAUUUUUCUCAUAUAUAUGGUUUUUCCGUUUUUAGUUUACUGUCAGGACGUAUGUACCUCUAUGUGACUGCUUUGAAAAGAGCUUAAAAAAGCAGAACGUGUCUUUAUAUUUUCAAAAGUCAAAAAUUCACAAGCAUUUUUAAAUUUAGAAAAGGUUCACGCCUCAUCCAGUUAUUUUUUGUGGGUUGUAUUCUAUUGUGUGAAGUUUUGACUGUAAUUCUGCUCUUUGAGCUAACACUACAGCUAAUGUGGGCCAACACAGCAUACAGUCCCUACAUUAGGUUGUCUUGGACAAAUGGCACUGCCUUAUAUUUGGACAAGACUUUUUUUCAGGCAGACACUCCAGCUGCUAUGCAGCUUCUGUCUAAUAAUUUUGGGCAGUAAAUCAGAGUAAUCAAACAGUGUUGUUUAAUAGUAAUGUCAUCAUAUUUCAUGACUGGUGAGGAUUGUCCACAGAAAUUGUGCUUCAAAUAUGGAGCUGCCUAUUCUAUGAAAUACUUUAUUUUUAUAGUAGGGUAAACUUUUUCCUUGUGGUUCAUCAUCAGGCAAUAUACAAUAAUAAUUUGUUCAUUAUUUUGUCAGUGUCACUGUAUUUCAUUGCAUUUAUGCAGCAAAUUCUGGAGACACAUCUGUUAAAAAAGGAAAAGGUAUUGCUAGUAAGCGUAUCUUUGCAUUGUAUAUCUUUAAAGUGGCAAACUUACUUUGUAUUUUUGAAUACUGUCAUCAUUGUUUCCAUUGUUGUAAUUACAAUACAAUGUAGCUGUCAUCCUUAACAAUUUUUAUAUUAGUUUGAAGGAAUCUCAUGUUUGGCUCUUGAAUUGUUUCACUGUGGAUUUAUUUUUCUUUAUGGUAUUGUUAUAUGUACACUGUGGUUUUACGGGGCCUGCCAGAAUAAAUUGUUUAGUGAUAGGCUUUAGGAAAUACUGCAAGUUUCUUACAAUCAAUGGUUUUGCUAUGGCUGCAAAAUAGUUUUUAGGGUUUUUCUUUUUACAACACUAUAGAGGGGUUUGACCCUUAACACUUUUGAAGUCAAUGUGAAUUUUUAAAGUGGUAUUAAUAUUGCAUAAUACAGAUUUUUUUCUUUUUUAGAAUUUUUAAGGAUUUCAUUUUUUUAGGAUUUGACACUUUAUUGUCAAAUUGAAUUUUACAAAAGUGUUAACUUCUAAAAGCCAUAUGUAAAAGGUUGGAUUUAGCAACCUUGAUAUGGGCCAUACUUUAAUGGACAGACGCCUCACAACCAGCAACAGAUCCAUUUGUAAUGGGCUAUAUUUCAAUGGACAGACACCUCACAACCAGCAAUAAACCAAUUUGUAAAGAUGUCACUUUUAUUCUUGUCCAUUUACACAGACGUUUACUCAAGACUUUAUAUUUGGAGGUUUACAUGAAAUCCUGCUGUAUAGGCUAACUGGUAUUAAGUAAGUUAUAAGUUAUUGAGGCAAUUUUAGGGAGUUGUGGGUAAUUCUUUCACAAAUCUGUAAACUGUAAAUGUUUUGAGUGCUGCAAUAAAGGUUGGGACAUUGAUAAAGCCA